AUGGCUGUCCAAGAUACGCCACAAGAUAUCAAUCUUUCAAGGUAUUGUGUCUUCCUGAACACUGAAGGCAAUGAAAGUUUCUGGUCUUCAAAUGGAUGUAAAAUAGAAAACUUUACAAAUACAUACAUCACAUGCUCUUGCUAUCAUUUAACUAGUUUUGCUGUUCUAAUUGGACUAACAAAGGAUAACAUUUACCUAGACGUUAUCACAAAUGUCGGUGUCAUCCUGUCAAUGUUAUUCCUUACCGUAUGUAUUCUUACCUUCAUCUUCUGCCGUUCUGUUAGAAAUGUGACAACCACUCUCCAGCUAAAUCUCUGUAUCUGUAUGUUUCUGGCAUACCUUCUGUUCAUAACUGGAAUUGACAAAACUUCCAAUAAGGCUUUAUGUAUCAUUAUUGCAGUAUUUCUGCAGUUUCUCUUUCUGGCAUGUUUUGCUUGGAUGGGCUUGGGAGCCUUGCAACUUUAUCUUAUGGUUUUAAAACUGAAAGCAGUAAAGUUCUUCAGGAAUCAUGUAAUUCGUAGAAGGUACAUGUACCCCAUUGGUUAUGGUCUUCCUGCAAUCAUAACUGGAAUUUCUGCUCUAAGUUACCAUAAUGGAUAUGGGACAAAGAGAUACUGUUGGCUGAAGACAGACCAUGGAUUUCUAUGGAGCUUUAUGGGCCCAGCUUCCCUGGUGAUCUUUAUUAAUAUUGUUCUCUUUGCAAUUACAAUUUGGAUCCUAAGAGCACAUCUUUCAAAGCUUGACAACAAUAUAACAACACUGAAAGACACAAAGUACGUUAAAGUGUUCUAA